GCUCGUGCCCCUCCCGGAAGUCGGCCGCGGGCGGCGCCGCUGCGGGCCCUCUGGAGCCGGGCGGGGGCGAGCAGGCCGAGGGCGCCGCGGGCCAGGCCGCGGCGCCGCAGCCGCCGCCCGCGCAGGGCGAGAUGGCAGCCCCUGCCCGGCCAGGACUCCGACGCUUCGACUCGCUGGACGUGAACCACGACGGCGUCAUCACCGCGCAGGAGCUGAUGGUGCUGGACGCGAACCACGACGGCGUCAUCUCCCCACAGGAGUUCCUCUCUGGCGGCGCGGCGGAGGAUGCCAGCAACGUUGGGCACCACGUCGCCUACUCCACGCGGAGCUUGAUGAAGAUAUUCGGCUUGCUGGUUGGCCUGAGCUGGGAGGCGGUGUUCGAGACGGGCGAGGCCGACAUGGUGGCGUUCGUCAAUCUGAAGAUGCAGGAGCAGCACUUCUGGCAGGAGGAGCACGAGGUGCUGUUCGAGGUGUGCAUCACCAGCAUGGUCCUUUUUUUUGUAGUCCCAGUUUGGGCCAAGCACCUUAUUCCCGCUGCCGAGAAAAAUCGGGAAUACCACCAGCAGCGCAUUAGAGAGGAGCAGAUGGAGGCGACGUCGGACAUGUUCACUUGCAGCGUGCUGAACAAGCUGUGGUGGUCGUGCUGCCCGCAGCUGAGAAGGUGCCGGAGACGCAUCAACCGAAGUCUCAACAGACGGAUCUCAGCAGUCUCUGGGAGGUCGUUGAGGAGUGGAGCGGGUGCGAGCUCUUCCCGAGUCGGAGCGAGGAGCACUGGGAGAUCUGGCCGGAGCGGCCUUCCAUGA